GUGGUCCCUUUUAUUAGUUUUGGCUUCCAACUUCCUAAAUAAUAUAAACAUACUCAUCUGAUGUUAUACAAUACUCUACAAUGAUGAUCACCUUGGUCAUUUUACACUUUACAGUUUAGGGUUUAACACAUAAGGGACCCUUUUGGUGCAGGUACUUGCGGAAAGAAAAAUGCCGUAUUUUGGAUCCGAUGAGACGGUGAAAGAGCUCAAAAGAGCUCUGUCCAAUCCCAAUGUCCAAGCAGACCGUCUCCGCUACAAAAACUACAUCACUAGAGUCAUCAGGUAUAUGACACAGGGCUUGGACGUCUCCUCUUUAUUUAUGGACAUGGUGAAAGCCAGUGCAACAGUUGAUAUUGUUCAGAAGAAGCUGGUAUAUCUGUAUAUGUGCACCUAUGCAAGUGACAAGCCUGACCUUGCAUUGCUGGCCAUCAACACUCUCCGUAAGGACUGUGCUGAUCCUAAUCCAAUGGUGCGAGGACUGGCCCUGAGGAACAUGUGCAACUUCAGAAUGCCGGGAAUAACAGAGUACAUAGAGCAGCCCAUUGUUGCUGGUCUUCGUGAUAAGGCCAGUUACGUAAGAAGGGUGGCUGUGAUGGGCUGUGCCAAAAUGCAAAGUCUUCAGCCCAACAUAGAGAUAGAUGCCAGUAUAGUAAAUGAGCUGUACGCUCUUCUGAGAGACCAAGACCCUGUGGUUGUGGUGAACUGUCUGCGUGCCCUGGAUGAAAUCCUAAAGGAUGAGGGUGGUGUGGUUAUUAACAAACCCAUUGCUCAUCACCUUCUCAACAGAAUGAAGGACCUGGAUAGCUGGGGGCAGAGUGAAGUCCUCACAUUCCUGCUCCGCUACCGUCCUCGUAGCGAUGACGAAUUAUUCGACAUCCUCAGCCUACUGGACGCUUUUCUCCAAAGCGCCCACGCGCACGUUGCUGUUGCAACGCUCCGCCUCUUCCUUCAUUUAGCUUCCACCCACCCGGCGGUGCAGGCCGACGCCCUCCAGCACACAAGCAGCCCCCUGCUGACCAUGUGUGGUUCUAUAUCACGCGAACUUCGGUUUGCUGGCCUCUGUCAUGUACAGCAGGUCAUGCGAAGUCAGCCGGGCCUUUUUGCGCCGCAUUACAAACGCUUCUUUUGCGCUUAUUCAGAACCGAGUUACAUUAAGUUUCGCAAGAUGGAGAUCCUGGUGGAGCUGGUGAAUGAUGAAAACGUGAGUUUGGUUUUAGAGGAGCUGAGAAGUUACUGCACGGAUGUGUCUCCUGACCUGGCCCAGGUUGCCAUUGCUGCUAUAGGACGUAUUGCACGGACGUACAGUGAGAAAUGUCUGGAUAUUCUGACCGGACUGCUGGCGUUGAAACAGGAACACAUAACAUCAGCUGUCAUACAGACGUUCAGAGAUUUGGUGUGGUUCUGUCCUCAGAGUACAGCCGCUGUAUGUCAAACCGUUGAGGCCUGUGUUGACUGCACUCAAGAUAGCGAGGCAAAACAGGCUUUGCUAUGGCUGCUGGGAGAACAUGGUGAACAGAUCAGUAGCGCCCCCUAUGUGCUGGAGGUGUAUAUAGACGGGCUGAAAACAGAACUGUCUUCAUCAGUGAAGAUGGAGCUACUGACAGCUGCAGUGAAGAUGUUCCUCUGCCGUCCCGCUGAGACUCAGGACAUGCUGGGUCGACUUUUACAUCAAUGUAUUGAGGAAGAGAGUGACAUGUGUGUGCGUGACCGAGCUCUGCUGUACCACAGACUUCUUCAACAGGGAGUUGAACAGACAAGGAAAGUUGUGGUGGGACCCAAAUCUGAUCCGUCCAUGAGUGUUCUCACCGGUCACCAACAGGAACCAGUUAGUCAGUGGGUCUCAAACUUCAACACUCUUUGCCCGUUGUCUGCACAAGAUUUAUGCUUUCAAACCCCUCUCAUAGCUUUACCCGAACAGCCAUCGAACAAUGCAGAAGAGGAGUUGUUACCAGUAAGUAAAGAUGUGUCCCCCUUCAUCCCAAAGGAUGACCAAGAGGAGCUAAAUCUAUAUCUGGGUCCUCCUCUAUCCCAUGAGGCUUUUGAGAGAACAUGGCUGGACCUAGAGGUUCAACACAGAGAAACACUGAGUUACACUCGACCCAGAACCACUCCUGAUACUUUACAGGCCGCAUUACAGCUGGCGAAGAUCCAGACUCUGGCCUUCACACCAGGGGACACUCUGCCGUGGAAGGCUUAUCUGUACACAAGGGGCAAUAGGACCGUGAUUCUCGCUGAACUGUUGUGGGAGGACCCUGACAUUGAAGGAAGUCUGGUGGUCUCUGUCAAACAACAGCCGCCAAACCAACAUGCUCUUCGAGGUUUUGUUUCGAUACUUUGCAGUGUUUUACAGAGUCUUAAUGUUGACAGCUAAAAUGAUAUCCAUGUCAAAAAAACAGAAGUCAAUACGUAUUUUUGACCACAUUGAGGACAGUCCAUCCAGGACUAUUUUAUAAUAAAACUGUUUUAAAUUGUAUACUGAAGAUCUGUCCGACUUUCCUUAUUAGCUCAACAUGACAUCACAUUCACCUACUGUAAUACAACUUGUCGCAUAUAUAUGUAUAAUCAAAUCAAAAUGUAUUUUCAAUUAGAGGUAUGAGGAAGUUAGAAGAACAUAAUCUCUCGUCACACAACCUGCAGAACUGAACAAUGUCUAUUCUCUGGUGUGCAGAUAAGGCAAACUUUAUGGUUUAUUGCAGCAUUAUUGAGACAUUGUUGUAGAGUUUUCUCAUUCAGCUCCACCUCUGUAUGUGUCACUUCCUGCUGACUAAAAACAUUUUGUAAAUGAUAUACUGUAUUACAUAAAUGCAAUAUUAUUAUUUUCUUUGUGAGAUUAUGUAGCGAAUGUCAUGAAGUACCUCAAAUUGUCCUUUCAAUACUCGUGGCAUAUGGAAAUAAAACUCAUAGGAAAUGGUG